AUGAACACAUCAAUGAUUGCUUCUUUUUUGGUUUUGUUGUUGGCUUUUCCUUGUGUAUUUGCAACUGAUUACACUGUUGGUGAUGCUAAUCAAUGGACUCAACAGGUUGAUUACACUAAAUGGACUGCUGGAAAAACUUUCAAAGUUGGUGAUAACUUAGUGUUCAAGUAUGGAGGAACUCACCAAGUGAAUGAAGUGGAUGAGAGCGAUUACAAAAGUUGCAGUUCAAGCAACACCAUAAAGAACUAUGCAGAUGGAGAUUCAAAGGUUCCAUUAACAAAAGCAGGAAAAAUUUACUUCAUAUGUCCAACACCAGGUCAUUGUAAUGCUGGAAUGAAACUUGAAGUCAAUGUUGUUGCUGCUGGCACCACCCCAACUCCAACUGGCACCCCUCCAACAACCAAAACUCCCACUCCAUCAACAACACCGUCAACUCCAUCUUCUGAGACUAACUCAACUUCUCCAUCACCACCAAAGGACAGUGGAGCUGUCAGUGUUUCCAAUGCUGUUGGUGUUUUGAUGGGAUCUUUGUUUUUGGUUUUGGGUUUCAUGGGCUAG